AUGUUGCCACCAGAGAGGAAGAAGACGGUUAGAAGAGAUGCCAAAGAGAUCUAUAAAGGCCUCCAUAAGCCUUAUAUAAAGGGCACACCAUUAGACAACUUAUUCUCAGAUCUUGAACAGAAACUAGAAGGUUCCAUUGAUGAAAUCACCUUUGAUCAAUUGGUUUCUAAUUUCUUACCUCAAUCUACUAAUGUAUUCAACGACCGUUAUUUCUUGACAGAAACCCUAUUCAACCAAUUACUAGAGAUUCAAAGGUUGUCCAUGAUGGAAGCUUCAACUAAUAAGAAAGAUUUGAUCACUAUAUCUUUGCAUGAUAUCAAAACAUUUAGUAAAGUAGUUAAUAUCUUGAUAAUCCAUAGCAUUUAUCCUGUGUUGAAUGUCUUCAAAGUAGGCAUACCAUUAGGUAAGAGAAGAUUGAAAGAUUUCAAUAAACCAAUCAAAAUAGCCAAUCUAAUGAGGGAAAUCGAUGAAUCAAAUGAAUCUAAAACCCCAGAUAAUGACAAAUUCCUCAUGAUACAGAAUUUGGCCACACUUAUAUAUGACAAGUUCUAUGAAAUAUUCAAUAAGGAGUCUGAUGUUAAGACUCUCCUCACAAAAGGAACGGGAUAUUCUGAUUUCUUAACCAUUUCAAUCCUUUUGAUCACAUGUCCAUAUUUCCAGAACAGCACUAAAUAUGCUAGCGAUUUCGGUAUAAUAAUGAACUUGCCCAGUACUUUUGAACUAUUCCAGACAUUCUCCUUGUACUUAUCAUCACCAUCAGCUCCUUAUUUCAAGAAAUUCGUAUUGGACAAAUUAAAUACCCUUCAUUAUGAUGCUCCUAGGAAAGAUGGACUUCUUACCCUAAUUGAAUUCGUUCUAGGAUUAAGGGAACAUGAAGAGAUUAAUAUAGGGAAGUUCAAUAACGUAGCUUCUAUAGUACUUAAAAAACCGGCUUCCAUACCUACAGUUGAAUACUUCACCAAUAUUGGAAAUCAAAGUUAUGACCUAUUAGUUAAUAUCAAUCGUCCCUAUAUCACCAGUUGUGUGGGUCAUAUCAUUGAGACUUUAUGGAGAAAGAACAAACUUAUAGUGCAAGAUUUCUUCUUCAAAAGAAUCUGGACCAACUUGAAUCCAGAAACGGAAGUAAAUGGCACAUUCACAAGCGAAAAAGAUUUGAAUAACUCCGUGAAUGUCUUAAUUUCCUUGAUUAAGAAAGAUUUAUCCCCUGAAAUAACCCAGUUUCUUUUCAAACCUAUCUUGUUAUCCUUAUGGGGAUACUAUGUUUUCCUUAAAUCACUUGAUAAGUCAACAGAUGUGAUAGUGAACAUUUUUGUUAGUUAUUUCGUCACAGUGAAGAACAAUGAAGAUUUCGAUAGUGACCUCUUCGGAUUAGAUAGAAUCUGUAAGAACCUUAUCUUCGAGGAUUCCAAUUGGGAAUUCUCCUUAGGUGUUAAUGGCCUCCCUCAAAUAUCUAAAAAAGAGGUGAUACUUGAAAGUAAGGAGAAUAAAAUCAAUAACUUCAUCAUGAAAUUAGACAGAUCAUGUAAGGUAUUCCUUGACCUUCUCAAAGAACUUGAUGAUUCUUAUGUUGUUGGAAUAUUCAAGACAUUGUUGAAACGAUGGCUCAGAAUUGACGGGUCUGAUUUGAUAGAUGACGAGAAUCCUUUCUUCGUGUUAAUAGAUUUGAGAUUAAUCGAAUCUAUUGGUAAUGAGUUCAAAGAAGAUAUUGCCAAAACUCCUAUUGAAAUGUUACAAAUAGUAAAUGAUUUCUUAAAAGCUCAAGGUAACACGAGCAAGAAGUCUUUAAAUAAACUCAAAAUCGAAGAACCAGAUUCUGAUGAUGAUUCCGAUGAUGAGGAAACUGAUGUUAAUGUUCAAGCACUUCCUAUAUUAUUUGAACUUUUAUCAGCGAUAUUAACCGAGAUCGAUGAUGAUAUAUCUUCAGAUAUCAAGCCUGUUCUCCAGCUGAUUGUUACUAAUCUCGAUAAUUUUAUAAAGUCAGACAAUGCGAUCAUUAAAAGUAACAUCAAUGCAUGUACUUCAUUGAGUGACAGAAUCAAAUCCAUGCUUUCAGGCACUAUAACCACCUCCAAUAAACAAGACAAUGAUUCGAAAGUUUUGAAACGAGCUAUCACGAAUUUGAAUGAUCCGCUAGUUCCAAUUAGAGCUCAUGGGUUAUAUUUACUUAGACAGCUUAUCGAGACCAAUUCCAAAGUCAUUUCCUUAGAUUUUGUUAUUGAAUUACAUUUGAAUCAAUUGAAAGAUCCCGAACCUUUCAUUUAUCUCAAUGUCAUUAAAGGUUUGAUAUCCUUGACCACAUUAGAUGUAUCGACUGUCGGGAAGUUAUUAAGCAUAUACGUUGAAGAAAGUGAUGUUAAAUAUGACUUGGAUGAACGGUUGAAAAUUGGUGAAGUUUUGAUAAAUUUCAUUCAGAAUUCUAAUGAACUCUUCACAGGGACUAUGGCUGAUAAUUUAAUCAACGGAAUGGUAUCUAUGAUAAGAAGACACGAAGAUGAAUCUAAAAAUCAAGAUAAUCGUAUAAGAAUGUCAUCAAUGUCUAUCCUAGGUAUUUGCUGUAAAGUCAAUCCUUUAACUGUUGGUAAGUUCGUUGGAGACAUUUUAGAUUGUGCUUUUGGUAUACUUCAAUUGGAGACCGACAAAGACUCAAAUAUCAUGAGACGGUCAGCAGUUGUUUUGAUCAACGAUUUGACUUUUGGUUGUAUAGAUGGUGAUAUCGAAAUCCCCAUCGAAUCCCAAACCAAAAUAGUCACUGUGUUACAAUAUAUCUUUGAUAACGAUAAUGAUUUAUUGACUAGAGAACAAGCAAAGACAGUGUUGGAUGAUAUCAAAGCUGUUACAUUAACAUAA